UGUGCUGAUGCUCAGAUUUGUCAGGACGGAAAAUGUGUUUGUCCAAACGGUAACACAUUUUGUAGCCCUACCUGCGUUGACACUACAUCUGACAUACAAAACUGCGGAUCUUGUGGUAACAUUUGCCCAAGCGAUAAUGUCUGCGUAAACGGUGCAUGUGUCGAUUGCGCAGUUAAUUCAGAUUGUGUUAGCGAUUGGUUGCUUAAUCCUGAAACUGGCGAAGCUAUUGGUGCCGCAGGCACAUGCAUUGACAAUGUCUGCUAUGUUUGCGCUGAUGGAUGUUUGUCUCAAAGUUAUUGUUCUUCAUUUGAAACCACAGGUGGCGGUGCUCCUGCACUCUGUAAGACGGAUUCAUCUUGUGAUUACUUUAGAAUAGGUAUAAGUGGAGAUGAUGGCGAAACCAAAUCAUCAAGUUUCACCGAUGGUGUACCACUGUGGCACCAAGAUUCUCUAAGUUUUAUCUAG